UUAAAAAUCAACAGCUUUUUUACUGUCUGAAAAUCAACCUGCUCCACAAAUAACCCGCGCAACCCACAAGAUAACGGCUAAAUAACAGCCACAAGUUCCUACUUCCAACUAAGCACCCACCACUUUCAUACCCAUAACCUGCCAUUAUCACCUCCAUCGCCUACUUAACCAAGAACACUAAUAAAGAACCAAAAUUUACCAAAAACAAUGCUUCUACGUGGGAGUGGCAUUACUUCUAACCCUCUCCCUUCUCUCCACCUCAAAUCGUCCCCUCUUCCCCGCCAAUCUGCAGUCGUUUCAGCCUCGUCCACCUUCGAUAGUACCAUCACCAACAAAUAUGCCAUUUCCGACGAGGCCCUCGAGUCUCGCGGGUUCGUUUUACGCCGCACAUUCUCCGAUCUCAACCUAGACCACCUCAAUUCGGUGUUUGUGGCGGUAGGGUUCCCCAAGCGAGACCCGGAAAAGAUCAAGCUCGCAUUGGAGAAUACGAGCUCGCUUCUUUGGAUUGAGCAUACGAAGACGCAGAAGCCGGUUGCGUUUGCUAGAGCAACAGGGGAUGAUGUUUUUAAUGCUAUAAUUUGGGAUGUGGUGGUUGAUCCUUCUUAUCAAGGGAUAGGGUUAGGGAAAGCUGUGAUGGAGAGACUUGUGGAGGAGCUGUUAGAGAAGGGGAUUGUCAACAUUGCUUUGUAUUCCGAGCCCCGAGUUCUCGGGUUUUAUAGGCCGUUAGGGUUUGUUGCGGAUCCUGAUGGGAUCCAAGGAAUGGUGUACUCUAGAAAACAGAAAAAGAAGAAAUAAAACAGAUUAAUCAAAACAAAUGUGCAUAAUUCUUUAUGUUAUUUGGUGCACCCAAAUAAGUUGUGAUUUUUGUAUUCA